AUGGAGAACAAUUUCCGUCAACAAGUUCAGGGGAGACAGAGAGCAGCUCCUCCAAAUCCUCGGAGUUUGAGGAGGGCACAGCAUCGCACCUACCCAAUAACCGUUCUCGUGCAACGACACGCUUAUUUCCAUCUGAGUGUCGCGGAGACUCACAGAAGGUUUUUACGGAUUGUUUACAAUGGAGAGAUCCUCCAAUUAAGAGCCCUACCGUUUGGCCUGUCCUCUGCACCCCGAACGUUUACGGCAGUUUCGAACUGGGUGGCCGAGAUACUUCGGGAGCUGGGCAUACGCCUUUUAGUAUAUCUGGACGACUACCUCCUGGCUUGUCAGGACAGAUCCAAGCUAAUGACACGGGUUGCGGAAACACUGGCCUCCUUGGAAUACUUGGGCGGUGCCUCGAGGACGGCUUCACUGUCGCAGAGCAUAGCUCUUCCUGAGAAGAUUUACUCGAAGAGGACAGAGGAGACAAUUAUGCUCCAGAAUGCGAGAGGACCUGCGGUGGUGGUUGGAUGCAGCCGAGGGCAGUCCAACCCCACUACACAAAAGAGUAAUAACCCAUUUCAUAACCACAGACGCAACGGAUGCGGGCUGGGGAGCAUGCCGGAA